AUGGCGACUCCUGAGGAUGGACAAUCUUCGUCAUACUCCUCAAGUAAUGGGAACGGGAGCAGAAAGCGUAAACACGAGGACGACGACGACGCUUCCAAAGAAAAUGCGGACAUUGCGCAGGCACUGCCUCGCCAGCCUGAGCUUCCAGAAUUCAGUCUAACGAGCAGAACAAAUCAAGACACGGGAUUACCAAAGACCGAAGACAAGAGAGGAGAGCGCGGUGACUCAGAAGGAUGGCAGACAGUGGAAGGACGCCCACGGAAGAAGAAGAAGAUUCCCAAGCAAGAUUCCAAGAACUACCCCGCGAUCCAAUUCUCGAAGGAAAGCCGCCUGCAAUCGCAAAUCAAGAUCAGCGAUCUUCAGCAAUUGGUUUUGUAUAUUCUUGCAGACGGUACAGCUCCUGCAUUCGUUGCAGUGCGACAUCGACCAGAGAUUCGAAAAGUUGUAGUGCUCAUGGUUCCGGGUUUGGAAAUGUCAAUGUUCCGCUCACAAGCCACUGAGGAGGGUUCGAGACCUGAGUCGGGAAGAGAAAAGAGAGAUGAGGACCGUCGAGACUCUCGCGAUCAUAGGGAUAGAGAUGGAAGAGACAGAGAUCAUAGAGAUAGAGACGGAGACCGAAGGGAUCGGAGGGAUAGAGAUCAAAGGGAUCGAACCUACGGCUCCCCAGACGAUUACUUUCCGAAUAGACUAAAGGCAGAGAAACUGCCAGAAGCACUUCUACCAUUCGCAGAUAUGUUCGAGCACAUUUGGCCCGUCAAGACACCAGGUGAUGAUAAAUAUGGAAAGAUGCACUCGCCCCUCCAUGCAAUGCUUACAGCGCCUGCACCGAAAAACAAAGAGGAAAAACAAUGGCAAAAAACUAGGAAGGGUGCUACUCCUGCGAGAGAACCACAAGGUUGGAAGAAUGUCCGUGUACCAAUCCCAGAAUUCGUUCAUUCCCCGGAAGAGCUGCUAGAGAACGACUAUACACUCCACCCAGCAUCAUACAACGACGAAGAAGGAAAAGCAAAUCUCUUGAAAUUUCGUCGCACGAACAAGGUCUCGACUGAUGAUGGAUGGGUUGAUACGCUCGUCGAAUAUUUCAAAGAUGGUACUGCGCCAGACAAGGAGGUUGAGUCUGGUUCCAUUACAGCAGGUCGCGAGGUCCUGGCGAUGGACUGUGAGAUGUGCGUGACAGGAAAACAGGCAUCUGGUCAAGAUGAGCUGUCUCUCACACGUAUCAGUAUUGUGGGAUGGGAUGGUUCAGUGGUUCUUGACGAGCUUGUGAAGCCAGACAAGCCGAUCAUAAACUACGUUACACAAUAUUCUGGCAUCACAGAAGCGAUGCUUGCGCCAGUUACAACGACCCUUGCUGACAUCCAGAAGAAGCUGGUGUCCAUUCUUCAUCCUCGAGCUAUUCUCGUCGGUCACUCGCUUAAUUCCGAUUUGAAUGCCCUAAAGAUUACACAUCCCUUUAUCAUUGACACUGCUCUCAUCUACCCUCACCCCAGAGGUCCACCUCUCAAAUCGUCUCUGAAGUGGUUGGCACAGAAGUACUUGAACCGAGAGAUCCAAAAAGGACAUGGAACAACCGGACCAGGAGCUGGUCACGAUUCUGUAGAAGAUGCAAGAUGCUGUCUUGAUCUUCUCAAGCAGAAGUGUGAGAAAGGAAAGGAGUGGGGCACAAAUGAUGCACAAGGAGAGAACAUAUUCAAGAGAGUCGCUCGUGCUGGUGUUCGGUACAAAAGCCAGGGUGGUUCAGCCAUACCAAGCGCAGUGAACGGCAAGUCUAGUGCAGCUAUUGAUUGGGGUGAGCCGAGAAAAGGUCCUGGUGCAGCAGCAACCUUCCCCAUCGGAUGCAAGAGCGAUGAAGACGUUAUGGAGGGAGUUAUCCGCGCCGUCAAGGGUGAUCAUGAUGGAAAGGAGAUCCCUGGUGGCGGAGUCGACUUCGUGUGGGCUCGUUUCAGAGAACUCGAAGCUCUCAAGGGAUGGUGGAACAAUAAUAAAGUUGUAGCUGCUGAAGUUGCUGCCGCCAUUGAUGCCGAAAUGGCAGGAAAGAAUACCGAUGACUCUACUGCUGUGGCUCCUGAGAAAGCGAAAACAGCAGUCUCAGUCGACCCACUACUGCCAGCGAUCGGCUCGGACGAAGCAAGCCUUGCUACCGCUACUUCAGAGCUCACCCGCCGUAUUUCCAAGGUCUACGAGGCGCUUCCUCCCUGCACGGCCUUCAUGAUCUACAGCGGCUCUGGAGAUCCACGAGAGAUGAGCAGGAUGCAAGCCAUGCAAUCGCAGUACAAGAAAGAGUACAAGUUCAAGAAGUGGGAUGAACUUUCUGUCAAGUGGACUGAUACCGAGGAGCAGGCUUUGAAGAAGGCUAUCAAAGUUGCGAGGGAUGGUGUGGCUUUCUUCGGGGUGAAGUGA